AUAGCCCGAUAAUGAGCCGAAAAUUUAAUAUACGGUUCAACUUUUAUAAAUAUUUGUAAUAUUUACUAUUCAAAUAAACUAAUUAUAUAUAGGGAAUUCAUUAUAUAUUGUAAUUUGUAAAAGAUUACCAAACAAAUAGAUUCUUAAUCAUUAUAUGCUUAAGUAAACACGUACGGACUAAGUAUAGAAAAACUGAUGAAGCGAAGUUACAUUUGAAUGUUAUUUUUUAACAUUCAUUUAUUAACCGUAAUAAAACUCCGCCAAAAUUAAUUACUAUCCUAAAUACGACAUUAUAUCCGUCAUGGCUAAGCCGGUGCUGUAUUCAUACUGGCGAAGCUCAUGCUCUUGGCGUGUUCGUAUUGCAUUAAAUCUGAAAGAAAUACCUUAUGACAUAAAAGCAGUUAGUUUGAUAAAAGGUGGUGGAGAACAACACUGCAAUGAAUAUAGAGAGGUGAAUCCAAUGGAACAAGUUCCUUCUCUUGUUAUAGAUGGUCAUACAUUAAUAGAAUCUCUUAGUGUUAUGCAUUAUUUGGAGGAAACCAGACCUCAAAGAUCUCUUAUGCCGCAGGACUGUUAUAAAAGAGCAAAAGUCAGAGAGAUUUGUGAGGUAAUAUCAUCAGGAAUUCAACCGCUACAGAACCUAAUAGUUCUUAUCCAUGUUGGUGAAGAGAAAAAAAAGGAAUGGGCGCAGCACUGGAUAACAAGGGGAUUUCGAGCUGUUGAAAAAAUAUUAUCUUCUGUUGCUGGAAAAUACUGUGUAGGAGAUGAGAUUAGCUUGGCAGAUUGCUGUCUGAUACCUCAAGUUUUUAACGCCAGAAGAUUUCAUGUAGACCUUCGUCCAUUCCCAAUUAUCUUACGUAUAGAUCGUGAAUUGGAGAAUCAUCCGGCUUUUCGUGCCGCACACCCUUCAGCUCAGCCGGACUGCCCGCCAGAAGCUGCUAAAUAAUAAAUACAGAUAGUUCAGAUUUUAUGUUAACAUUCCAUUUCUCAUUGAGACAUUAAUUAUCAACAGUUUUAUUCUUGGUGGCAUAGAUGGUUAGCAUUUCAGGUAGUCAUGUAUAUAUUCAAUCAUGAAAUUUAUUAAGUAAUUAGAUUCAUGCUGUAAUAAUGACAUUGUAUAAUUUAAAUCACUUGUUACAAAGCUAGUCAUAUUGUGUACAACCAAUAUUUAUAUAUUAGACUUAUUGAUUGGGUCUAUCAUUUCAUAGCUUAAUUUGGUUUAUGUUAUUGAUCAUUUAGCCAAAAUAAAAGUUACCUAACAUUGAUGAUAUGUCCUAGUGUCUAUUAGCUGAAAACCAUGAAAAAGAAUAAAGUGGAGAACUAAUUGUAAAGUUUAAUGAAGUGAUUUUUUAUUAUUUAUGGUGUUGGAAGCUUAUAAAAGCUUUGGUAAGUUUUUUAAGAAAAAUGUGUCCUUGUUUUAUUUGUAAUAGUACACUUUUUUUAUAAAUUUACCAUAAAUUUUGUAAAUUUUUGAAAAACGAAACGAAUUCAUGAAUUACGAAAAUUAUACACUUGAAAGUCUGUUACAUGUAAUUGAUUAUAAUAUCUCCAAUAAAGUUGUGGGAUCACAUAGAAGUCAAUGUAUUGUCAUCAAAAAAUAAUCGAUUUUCAUGCUAAUAUUAAUCAAUUAUAUAAAUUAAGCGUUUAUAUCAAUUUUCAUAAACAGUGCGCUAUUUAAUAAAAUAUUCGAAAAAAUCCAAAAAGUGCACCUUUUUUCGGUUGCAACGUUUUUGGAUC